CUCACUGCCAGCUUUCUCAGAGCUGCAGGGCACUAAAGAUCCAGAGCAGCUCCGGAUAGGCAUCAGAAUCAUGCAGACAGAAAGAGGAGUACUGAGCCUGUGGCUCCUCUGCAGCCUUCACCCAUGGCAGGGGUCUGCAUUUAAUCUGGAUGAUACAAAUGUCCUGAGGAAAAACGGAGAAGCAGAUAGUCUGUUUGGAUUUUCCCUGGCAAUGCACCACCAGCUCAAGCCCACUGAGGAGCAGUUCUUGUUAGUUGGUGCUCCUCACACAAAGGCCUUACCCAGCCAGAAAGCCAACAUAACGGGGGGUCUCUUUCGCUGUAAGUUCACCACACAAAUAAAUGACUGUGAGCGGAUUCCUGUGGACACUGAAGUUUCAAAGCCAAAAGAUGAAGAGGACCAUAGGGAAAACCAGUGGAUGGGUGUUCGUGUGAGAAGCCAAGGCCCAGGGGGUAAAGUAGUGGUUUGUGCCCACCGGUACCAGCAGUGGGAACAUGGAAAUCAGCUGGUGCUGGGCAGAUGCUUCAUUUUGAAGGAGGACCUGAAAAUAAAAGACACCAACAGUUUCUGUCGGAACCGGCACAGAAGUAAGGAUCGAUUCGGCUACUGCCAGCAGGGCCUCUCUGUGGCCUUUACCAAGGAUAACAAAUACCUUGUGUUUGGUGGACCAGGUGCCUACGACUGGAAAGGCACUGUCCGCAUGCAGCCUGUGGAUGACUUACAGCUGGACAACUUCGAAACUGGAGACCAAAAUGAAUUAAAUGAAAACCUGAUUCCUGUGGGCAUCAGCAGCUAUUUAGGAUUCGCACUGGACUCUGGAUUAAAUCUCAUCAAGAAAGGGGAGCAGAUUAUAGUGGCAGGGGCACCGCGCGCCAACCUGAGUGGUGAGGUUCUGCUGCUGAGGCCUGAUGCCACAGGAGACAAGAGGACUCUGAGUGCCGUGCACAUCCUCAGAGGACCCGGCCUGGCAUCCUCCUUCGGCUAUUCUCUGGCUGUUUUGGACAUCAACACAGAUGGAUGGGAUGACCUCAUAGUGGGUGCACCCCAGUUCUCCCUGCCAGAACAGGACGCAAAUGUGGGAGGGGCUGUAUACGUCUACAUCCACAGCAACGGCGGUCAAAACUGGGACCACAUAACCCCAACUGUUCUCCAUGGCAACAGAGAUUCCAUGUUCGGACUAGCAGUGGCAAGCAUGGGAGAUGUUAAUCAUGACGGCUUCAAUGAUUUUGCAGUUGGAGCCCCGUACGACACUGAGGAUGGUAGAGUGUAUGUCUACCUUGGCUCUGCUGGAGGCUUGUCCACAAAACCACAGCAAUCUCUAGAUGGUCUAAGCCAUAAAAUCCCGUUAUUUGGCUAUUCCCUGGCUGGAAACAUGGAUAUAGAUAGGAAUGGCUAUCCAGAUUUAGCAGUGGGGUCACUCUCUAACAAUGUGGCUGUUUUCAGAGCUAAACCAGUGAUAAACAUUACGAAAACCCUCAAAUUAGAGCCUAAUGAGAUUGAUUACUUGGGUGAGAACUGCCAGAAAGGUCAAUGUUUAAUCACAGCUGAAUCCUGCUUCUCCUUCACAACUUAUCCAGAAACAUAUAACCCUGUAAUAGAGAUGUCUUAUACUCUGGUUGCUGAUGAACACCACAUUAAGGAACACCCUCGGCUGACCUUACAGAGCGCUUCUAAGAGCUCCCUGGUGCUCCCCCAACAAGGCCAGAGACUUUGCUCCAAAACCUUUUUUCGGCUCCAGGGAAACAUCCAUGACAGGCUAACAGACAUCUCCGUCAGACUCGCAGUCUCCUUGUCACCAGAAAACCCUUCACAGACACUGAGCCAAAGCUCCCUACCUCCACUCAAGCCAGUACUCAAGCAAUUUGGAGAUGACGUAACAACCACAGCUAAGUUCAAGUUCUUAAACACUGGUUGUGGAAGUGAUGGCAUCUGCCAGAGUAACCUGCAGCUUCAGUACAGCUUCUGCUCCAAAGUUGAACACCAAGACAAGUGCAUCCCUCUCGCCAGGGAGGACGGUAUAGCGGUAAUCUAUCCUGGUGAUGAGAAUACGGCUCUGGAAGUCACUGUGACAAACAAAAGAGGAGAUGAUGCUCAUCUUACUCAAUUGUUUGCAGACUUUCAAGAGUCUCUGCCUUUAUCUGCAGUCAUUCCCACACAGAAAGUGAAGAUGGACUGUGCAGUGGAUGGAAGUAAAAUAGAGGCACAAUGCCAGCUAGGAAACCCUUUGAAAAGAGAUGCAGAGGUAACCUUUUAUCUAAUGCUGGGCACCGAACGGCUAUCUGCGGACAUAACAGACGUCAAUGUGACUCUGAAUCUUAAAACGAUCAGUAAGCAAAAUAUUUCACAAAUUGUUGCAAAGGCUAAAGUUGUCUUUGAGAUGGCGCUCCAAGUCUCUGGACUGGCCAAACCUUCUCAAGUGUACUAUGGAGAAGCAGUGAAAGAAGAGAACGCCAUAAUGUCAGAGGAACAGAUCGGCUCACCUGUGCAGUAUGAGUUCAGGGUGAGCAACAUAGGCCGGCCUCUGAAGUCCUUUGCCUCCGCAACUCUGAACAUCCAGUGGCCAAAGAAGAACAAACAUGGCAAGUGGCUCCUGUACCUGGUACAGAUCACUGGACCAAAGAAUCAGACCAUUUCAUGCACCCCAGCUGCAGAGAUCAGUCCACUCAAACAUAUUAAGGCAGCACCCAGAGGAAAGCGCCAAGUGGAAGAUGAAGGGAAGGUGGACGCUCUCAGCACUGACGGAUUUCUCUCCCUGUUUGGAAGAAAGAAAUACAAAUUUCUGACAUGUGCUGAUGAACUGAAGUGUGUGGAGCUUAGGUGCCCCCUUAAGGCGGUGGAUAGCACUGCAGUUGUUAUUCUCCUCGCUCGACUAUGGAGUAGCACUUUUGUGGAGGACUACAACUCCCUGAACUAUCUGGACAUCAUCCUGAAUGCCUCUCUCAGUCUUGAUGGCUCUCAGAAGAACAUAGGGCUUCGAGGGUCUCAAACACAGGUGCCGGUGAGGCUAACAGUGUUCCCGGAGAAGAAGCCUACUUUCCUUAGUCGGGUUCCAUGGUGGGUCAUUCUUCUCAGUGUGGUUCUUGCACUGCUUCUGCUUGCUCUCCUGAUCUACAUCCUUUCCAAGCUUGGAUGCUUCACAUGUGAGAUGUGCAAAGAAGAUAAGAAAGGAUAUUACGCCAUCAACCACAACAAUGCUGAAACCUAGACAUCUGUGCAGGAGAAUGACAGACUAUUCAGAUUUUGUAGAAUCUACAACUGCAGA